GGGAUAGCACAACUCAAACCGGAGGGAGGAGGAUGAAUGGGCAGGUGGGACCUGCCAGCACAAAGUAAGGGCAGCUCGCACUGUAACCUGCACUGGGGAAGGUACGAUAAGGAUUUCACAGCAAUAGGGAGACAGCAGGACGCGCUUUAUAUUUUAAACAUAUGUCCUACAUUGGACACCGUAAUAAUAAAGUUUCUACCUUGCUUAUGAUUGGGUAAGUAUUACUGAGGAGGCGGAGAAUAGUCAUGAGACGGAGGGGGAGUAACCUGGCUGUAUAAAGGUGUCAUGGCAGCGCGGAGGGGGAAAGUGUUAUGAGGUGAAGGUGUUGCCUGGCGCUACGCGGGUUGAAGAGCCCAUGGAGGGCAGGAGCGGAUGGAUAUGGCGAUUAGGGCUGUCUGUGCUGACGCUGCUGCUAGUGAAAGCGGCCUCGGCCGGGCUGCUGGAGCAGGAGGCUCCCGGGAGUGAUGCGGCUGGGUACCCCUGGGAGGAACGGGACGAGCAGAGCGCUGCGGGGAGCAGUCUGAGCUCUUUAUCCCCCGCUGCCGCGGCUUUCCCUGCCGGGGAGGUGACUGUGGAGGAUGUGGAGUCCGGUACCGAGCAGGAUUACCCGGAAGGAGGGAAGGACGAGCUGAGACCCAGCAGGUCUUUGGUUAUUAUCAGCACUUUAGAUGGAAGAAUUGCAGCACUGGAUGCAGAAAAUCAUGGCAGGAAGCAGUGGGACUUGGAUAUUGGCUCUGGGUCCCUUGUGUCAUCCAGCCUCAGUAAGCCAGAGGUUUUUGGCAAUAAAAUGAUUAUUCCCUCCCUGGACGGCGACCUAUUUCAGUGGGAUCGAGACAGAGAAAGUAUGGAAGCUGUCCCUUUUACUGUAGAGUCUCUGCUGGAAUCCUCAUACAAGUUCGGAGAUGAUGUGGUGCUAGUAGGAGGGAAGUCUCUAACAACAUACGGGCUGAGUGCAACCACUGGCAAGGUAAAAUAUAUCUGCUCAGCCAUGGGCUGUCGGCGGUGGAAUGAAGACGAGUCGGAGCAGGAUGAUAUAUUGCUGUUGCACAGGAAGCAGAAAACCGUGAGGGCAGUGGGUCCUCGCAGCGGCAGUGAAAAGUGGAACUUCAGCGUUGGACAUUUUGAGCUGAGAUAUAUCCCGGACAUUGAGCCUGGAGUGGGGUUUAUUGAAGGACAGCUUGAGCCAAGUUAUAGCACAGACGAGUCUAGGAUUAUUUCUGAUGGAGAUGACCAAGAAGUUGGAACCAAUGAUUUGGCCAUCAAGGUUUCUGUAGCUGACUGGAAGGUUAUGGCUUUCAACAGAAAGCUGGGCCAUUUAGAGUGGGAACACCAGUUCUGCACUCCAAUCGCCUCAGCCUGGCUCGUUCGAAAUGGAAAGGUUGUUCCUAUUAGCCUUUUCGACGAUACAAGCUAUACGUCAGAUGAUGAAAUCUUUGAGGAUGAAGAAGAUCUUGUAGAGGCAGCAAGAGGUGCCACGGAGUCCAGCUUCUACUUAGGGAUGUUCCGUGGACAGCUUUAUCUCCAGUCAUCUGUUAGAAUUUCUGAGAAGUUUCCUGUAAAUCCAACUGCAUUGGAUACUAGGACUAAGGACAAUGCCAUUAUAUCUUUACCCAGGAUUAAGUGGAAACCUUUAAUUCACUCUCCCUCUCGUACCCCUGUGCUGGUUGGCUCAGACGAAUUUGAUAAGUGCCUGAGCAAUGAUAAAUUUUCUCAUGAAGAAUACAGCAAUGGCGCACUUUCCGUUCUGCAAUAUCCAUAUGCAAAACUUGAAGGAAACCCAAGACUCAUACAGCAAAGAACUCCGAGACAGAUAGUAGUGCCUGUGAUCUCAGCUGGGCAAUCUGUCCAUACUCCAGCACUAACGACUGAUAACGGUUAUUAUUUGCCCUACUACAAGAGAGAGCGCAACAAGCGAGGCACUCAGAUCACCGUUGGCAUCUUGGAGAAUCCAAACUACAAGAACAUUCGGAAGAAGGAUCCGGUUCUCCUCCUGCACUGGUGGAAGGAGAUUGUGGGCACAAUCCUGUUCUGUAUCACUGCAACCACCUAUAUUGUGCGCAAGCUGUUCCAGCCAAAUCUAACCAAUGCCAGGAAGAGGAAAGAGUCUGAGACGCAGUGUCAAACUGACAGUAAAUAUGACGCUAUAAAUGGAGAUCUGAAAGACAACUUUAGUGACUACCAGACUUUUGGCUACGUGUCACGGUACCUUACAGAUUUUGAGCCCAUUCAGUGCCUUGGCCGCGGAGGGUUUGGAGUAGUAUUUGAAGCCAGGAACAAAGUCGAUGACUGUAACUACGCAAUCAAGAGAAUCCGCCUUCCCAAUAGGGAACUUGCUCGAGAGAAGGUGAUGCGUGAGGUAAAGGCAUUGGCUAAACUGGAGCACCCCGGCAUCGUGCGAUACUUCAACGCAUGGCUGGAAGCACCCCCAGAAUUGUGGCAGGAAAAGAUGGAUGAACUCUUGUUAAAAGAUGGAAGCACCGAUUGGCCACUAAGCUCUCCCACCCCUCUGGAUGGUCUGUCAGUGAAGGUCCGGAGCGUUGAUCCGUACUCUAUGAAAGAGCAAGUAGAAGUAAUCACCCCAUCGGAGAGCUACAGCUCCCUUUCUGCAGCAUUUGUUGCUGUGCCAGGAAUUGGUGAGCAGGCGUCCUCUCGCAGGCAGUCCAGAGCCUCACACACUUUGAACGAGUCUUCAGACGCUCUAGUAAACCUGCAGGACAGCUGCCUGUCAGACUGUGAGUUAGACCACAGCUCAGAUGAUGAUGACAACCAUGGAAUCUGGUAUGAACAUUGCCCCCGUACGGCGGCAGACAUAGGGGUACAUGAAAGAACAUCAUCUUCUAUUGUUUUUGAGGAUUCCGGUUGCGACAACUCUUCCAACCACGUGGACAAGGCCGAGGUUUCCGUCCUUGUCAUGAAUAGUGAGUUUUCAGAACGAGAGAGCGGAACCAAAGACUCUAAUGAAAGCAAACCCACCUCCAUAAGCACUUUAUCCGAAUCACCUCCCAGGCCCAAAUCCUUAUGCCUGGACCUAUCCAAAAACACUGCUGAAAGUAUAAAGCCCACCUCGCCCAAAGUGUACCUCUACAUCCAGAUGCAGCUGUGCCGCAAAGAGAACCUUAAAGACUGGAUGAGCGCACGGUGCACCCUUGAGGAGCGGCCGCAGACUGAGAGCCUUCAUGUGUUCUUGCAGAUUGCAGAGGCCGUUCAGUUUUUACACAGCAAGGGGCUUAUGCACAGAGAUCUCAAGCCUUCCAAUAUAUUUUUUACACUAGAUGAUGUAGUUAAAGUGGGAGACUUUGGGCUGGUUACUGCAAUGGACCAAGAAGAAGAUGAAGAAGCCGUUCUAACACCAAUGCCAGCAUAUGCCCGUCAUACAGGCCAAGUGGGAACAAAACUGUAUAUGAGCCCCGAGCAGAUCUUUGGGCAAAGCUAUUCCCACAAAGUGGAUAUCUUCUCCCUGGGGCUGAUCUUGUUUGAGCUUUUAUACCCAUUUAGCACACAGAUGGAGCGGGUCAGAGUAUUAACAGAAUUGCGUGACUUGAAGUUCCCACAACUGUUUACAGAGCGAUAUUCCACAGAGCAAAACAUGGUCCUGCACAUGAUCUCUCACAACCCAAACGAAAGGCCGGAGGCUGAAGAGAUCAUAGAGAACCCUUUGUUCGACAGCAUCGACCUUCAUGGGAAACUGGCCCUCAGGCAGAGGUCUCGCACCUUAAGCGCUUCUGGCAUAAAGACUUUCAGGCAGUCCAGCAAGUGACUGCAACAUGUCCCUCGUUCUAGCUCCUCCUUCUUCAGUGGGCUGACAUUUCACCUGCAAACCGUAUGACGAACAUGAGGCGGGAAUAGUGCUGCAUCACUGUAUGUCCAAUAUGAUUGGCUUAGCGUAGUGCGCACUUUGGCCCGGUUACGUUUCCCCAGGAGACUGACUAGCAACGGCUCCUUGCCUUUUUUAUAUUUAUAUUUUUACUUGAUGGAAAGCACAAGCCUUCGAAGUACAAAGCAAAAGGAAAGAAAAAAUGUUGAAUUUGUAAAUAGAACAAAUAUUUUUCUAGAGCCAAUGGUAAGUAAGGAAAGCGUCGUGCUUUGACUGUAAUUGAAUGUCCGAUCUGUGAGCCAAGGAUCACAUGAUACGUCCUAGCUAUCCAGUUUUAUUGUUUUAAGUCAGCAAAAGGAAUUUCUUACUUUUUGUGGUGUUUUAGCGUUACCCGCCAUCUUGUUUUAAGGGAGCAAAAGCGAAAAAAUGUACCGCUGAUGUCAUUUCCCAGAUAUCAUUCCUGCUUAGCUGCUGGGAGUUGUAGUUUUACUUGCAGAUGGAGGGCUAGACGGUAUGAGCAUUACUGCCGACCUUCUCGGAUCUCCCAUGCAGUCGCACAGCUGCUCAUUCCGUCAUAAGUUUUUUGUCUGCUUUCUGUUAGGGACGGGCUUCUGGUAUUCAGAAUUGCAAUUGGUCUUAAAGGGGGAAAGGUACAUAAACACCAUCUGAGCCAAGUGAAUGAACUUGCAUCAGAAAGAGCCAGAAGAUCCCCAUUUAAUAGACCUACACGUAUCCCCUUCCCAAGAGCUACAUUUUUACAUCAUCCUCUGUAGCCGCCAUCUUGAAUCUGGUGAUGUAACACUCCUUCCCAGCAUUGCACCCAUCCUGAAGGGAAAAACGUUUAUGGUGUUUCCGUGUCGUUUAAGGAAAGACUUGGCUUAUGGCACAGUUUGCUGCUGAUCACGCAUUUCCGAACCCUUUUCAAAGAAAUGACCAUGAAGUUUUAUUUCCAAAAGGCUUGUCAUUUGCACUUCCGGUUUAAUCAUGUGACCUGGAAAGAAACGAUUCCUCCAUUGGAGCCUCUGGUAAGGCCGCACAAUCAAGGGGAAGCUGGUGCAUACCGUCUGUAUGUCCAUUGUGCAAGAAUAAUCUAUUAAAGCAAUAUAAUUAAACAGUAAGUCAAAUGUAAAAAAUCUAGUAUUUCCUAUCCAAUGCAGUUAAUGCCGUGUCUCCAUGGCGAUAGUUACGCUAAGACUGCGGCCGUUUUUUUUUGCGGUUUUUCACUGCAACCAUCUCCAUGUUUGAUAUAUCUCUAUAUAUGCACUCAUGAAAGCCUGCAGGGGGCUGACGGUUCUGCCCUCGUCACUGUCUCUUUAAAUACUCCCAUGUAGUAGUUCCCCCCCCCUCAGGGGGCUUAUUCGCAGGAGGAUUGUUUCGCCAACCCGUACCACAUUCAUUCUUUUUACUGUGUAUCUGUGUCUGUUGCUGCUGUGUCUCUUGUCGACUUUGCGUUGACGCCGACUUCCACGUCUCCCCCGGCUUGGAAAUCAGUUAUUGGGUUUCUGCGUUUAACUGCGCGUCUCGUGUAAAUAUGUUUGUUUUUUUUUCCGUUGUGCGUCCGUUUCCCCCCUCCCUCUUUUAUUUAUGUAAAGUCAAUCCGUUUGGGGUUGUUGCUGUACAGAACACUUGUUACAAAAUGAGAACAUUUAAGUGCAUUCGAUAAUGUUGACUUUUUUCAAGUCUGAAUGAUUUAAUAAACGGUUUUUAUUUAUUUUU